AUGGCAAACCUCCAGUCAGUAGUCAAUCUUGCCGGCUCUCAUGGGCAGAUGACGCCUAGAUCCAUUGCUCUCCCUCUAUCUGUCUCUCUGUGUAGCGCAUGCAUUACUAUCGUCCUUUCAUCAUCAUCUGAAAGCAGCAGUGAACAAUCUGAUUUGGCAGCAGAAGAUUGUGAAUAUGACGAAGAAAACCAGUGUUCAUUGCAUGUGGCUGAAUGUUCACAGGAAAACUUAUUGCCCGGUGAUUAUCCUUGUAAAUUGAUGAAUGAUAAUAGUGCAUAUGCAUGGGCAGGAAUAGAUGUUCCUGUGGUAGGCAUGGUGUUUGACGAUGAGUCCGAUGCUUACAUAUUUUACAAUGAUUAUGGACUUAGACACAAAUUCAAUGUUAGAAGGACUUCCAAUGGAAAAUACUGCAUCAACACAUUCAUAGAUGACUACAAUCAUCUGUUGGCACCUUCUCAUAUGAGUCACAUGUUGAAGUCUUAUCGCAAGGUUAUCUGUCGAGCAGGUCCGUGGGCAGCCAACACUAUCGACGCCGCCAACCGCGCAUUCACCAUCACCUUCAAAGCGCCUGCUGGAGAUUUUGGUGAAGGCCGGGCCGAUGCAGCGAUAUUGAUGAUCAUCCACGGUCUGAAACACCUUCCGGUACUUGAACAAACAUCAACAGUCAGUGCCUUGAGUUUCUUCGAGCGAUCUACGCAAAUUGGGCUGAAUCCGCGACAUCGAUGGUUUCUAGGCGUUGAUCUCAAGUCUCAAUCGGCCACCAUGUCUGCAAAUCUUAAUUCAUGCAGUCACACCAAUGGCUUCUUUUCAAGUGUCGAGGCUUGUGCGGCAGCCGAACAAAGCGGCGGGCCCCCGGGUGAAAUGUCUUCUUCUGAUUUUGAUAGAUGCGCGCAGCCUGGAAACUCUUCUAGUAUUGAAUCAGUUCCUGAUAUCGAAAAAAAGUAUGUUCAUUGUGUUUAUGAUGCAAUUGCUCCUCAUUUUAGCUCAACAAGAUAUGCAAAGUGGCCGAAGGUUGCUGAAUUUUUGAAUUCGCUGCAGCCGGGAUCUGUAGUCUUGGAUACAGGAUGUGGAAAUGGGAAGUAUUUAUCUUUCAAUCCGCAAUGCUUCUUUUUGGGAUGCGAUAUAAGUGCCUCGUUGAUUAAGAUAUGUGCUGAUAAAGGACAUGAAGUCAUGGUUGCAGAUACUGUUAAUCUUCCUUACAGAGAUGGCUUCGGUGAUGCAGCGAUUUCUAUAGCUGUAUUACAUCACUUAAGCACAGAAAAUCGGAGGAGAAAGGCAAUAUCUGAAUUGGCUAGGGCAGUCCGAAAGGGUGGCUUAAUUCUUAUAACUGUUUGGGCAGUGGAACAGGAGGAUACUUCAUUGCUUAAAAAGUGGACUCCUCUUACUUGCAAGUACGAUGAGGAGUGGGUAGAACCAAACUGUGAUGAUACUCGCAGUUCGUUAGCAAUCACAUUGGAAAGCAUUCCAGAAACAGAUGAAAACUAUAAUAAUGUUCAUGACUGUAAGAAGGCUAUGCAUUUAGGGGAUAAAAGCUCAUCAGUUGCCUCUGAAGAAAGAAAGCAUGUGCCAAGGGCCAUGCCAUCUAAAACUCUUAGCCACCAAGAGUAUUUUGUGCCAUGGCAUUUGCCUUAUCAUCGAGCUGAGAUAGCUGGGGCAUCUGCUUCUGCUCUUGCAUGUGGUUUGGCAACUAAAGAUGAUAAGAAGGGAGCUGUAGUAUACAAUCGGUAUUAUCACGUAUUUGCUGAAGGUGAAAUUGAAAGAUUGGCAUCUGGGAUUAAGAAUGUGAAAGUUCGUGAACGAUUCUAUGACAAAUCAAAUUGGUGCAUGGUGCUUGAGAAGAUCUGAAUCUGCUGCGCGUUGUGAUUCCCUGCUUCGUUAAAAGUUGAAUGUAUCUAUGGGCUGUGAUGCUGCUCUAAUGUAGAAAGUGGAUGAGCGGAUGAUGCGGAUGAGGUUCAAAUGCUAAUUAGCUAUCGUCAGUGCACUGGCAAACAUUUUGUUGUCAAGUGUACCUCGAAUUUCUUGUUGAUAUACCUCAACAUAAUGAAAGAACACGCAAAAUGACAUCCUUUUUACACUUCCAUGCUAGCAAGUGUACUGAACGAAGUCAUGAAGUUGUCUGUUUAGGUGAGCUUUAUCAACGAAUAGUUCUUUAACCACAAGCUUGUUUGAGGAGAGAUGCUGUCUGGUUGCUCUUAUUUGAGAUGCUGUCUGGUUGCUCUUAUUUGAGAUGCUGCCUGGUUUCUCUUAUUUUAGCUCUAAGCUUGUAUUUGUGUAUGUGCAUUGUGAGCAAAGGAUCAUUUUAUUUUUUUAAGCA